UUGGCUUUUGGCAGGGAUAGUUCCCUGCCAUCAUUUGCCCAUGCAGCUUUCAAUGAAUAUUGUAUGUGGUCUCUGGGUUUUGGUGCUGAUCAUUUGAAUCGGCGGCUUGCAGAGCAGGACGCUUUUUUUGCUGGAUGAGCGCACCAGAUGAUGGAAUUUCUCCCAGAGUCCGCAGCCGCUCGACCCAAACUGUCUCCCCCCGAAAUGAGGUAAGAGCUCGGAGAAUCCAGCGAGGAAGAUGUUCUGCGCCAAGCUGAAAGAGCUGAAGAUCUCCGGAGAGUGUCCGUUCUCUGGCAGCGCCAAAAAUAAUGAGCUGGGAGACUUUGAGGAGCGCGCAACUGACGCCGCGGAUUUAUUGCCUAUUUCUAAGGACGUGCAUGGAAAAAUAGGUGAGGAUUUGCCUCGACAGAAGACGAGCAGAGCCAAAGUUAACCUGCAUACACUUGGGGAGAGCAUCCAAAAAUUAGCAUGUCCAGAGUUUCAAAGGCUGCACACUGCCCUCCAACGAAUGAUGACACUAUCAGAUCACAGCAGGGACUCUGAAAGUCCAGUAUUUUGCUGUCCACACUAUGGGAGUUGCAGAGAUGAACCAGAGCAUUUACUGGAGAUGAUGAACAUUUACUCAAGCAAAACAGCAAUCCCGAUGGAAGCUUUGCAAGUGGCUCUUGGCGAGGAGCUCUUCAAUAUGUGUUAUGAGGAGGACAGACACAUUUUGAGGGUGGUGGGGGGAGCUCUCCACGACUUCCUCAACAGCUUCAACGUCUUGUUGAAACAGAGCAGCAUGCAGCCCAACCCGGACAGAGGAGAUUGUGUAAACGAACCUUCGGUGCUGUGCUUAGACAAGGAUCCGGGUCUGCUUACUGUCUACUUCUUCAACCCCAGCCCGACCACUGAGCUCUUUUUCCCUGGAGUCAUCAAAGCUGCUGCCCGUCUGCUCUAUCACACCACUGUGGAUGUGCUGAAGGACCCCCACACUGCUAAAGACAGCAUCUUGCAGUCCAGCCCGCAGCCAAAUCUUCUAUACACAGUUGUAGUUAAGGAUGCUAAAAAUCUGAGCCCCAGUCCGCUGCGGGCGACCUCAGCUGGGACCCUUCCUACCUGUCUCUUCUCCACUGUCUUCCCUUUCCAUCUGAUCCUGGACCAGGACCUAGUUCUGGUACAAAUCGGACACGGACUCAGAAAGAGACUGACCAGGAAGGACGGACUGAGACGGUCUGCUACGUUCCAGGAACACUUCUCCAUCGUCUCCCCCCAGAUCAAAUGCACCUUUCAGGGUAUUCUGACCAUGCUAAAUGCACAGUUUAUCAUUCGGAUCAAACAUGGAGUCUCCACCACAGAUAAUACAGGGAAGCUCAUGGACCUUAAGGGUCAGAUGAUUUACGUUUCAGAGUCAAACGCCAUCUUGUUCUUGGGCUCUCCAUGUGUGGACAAGCUGGAGGAGCUAACGGGCCGUGGCCUCUACCUGUCAGACAUCCCCAUUCAUAACGCACUGCGUGACGUUGUCCUGGUGGGCGAACAGGCCAAAGCCCAGGACGGUUUGAAGAAGCGGCUGGGGAAGGCCAAGGCAGCCUUGGAACAUGCUCACCAAGCCCUGGAGGAGGAGAAGAAGAAGACAGUGGACCUUCUCUUCUCCAUCUUCCCGGGCACCGUGGCCCAGCAGCUGUGGCAGGGAGAGACGGUCCAAGCAAAGAAGUUUGACCGAGUCACAAUGCUCUUCUCCGACAUCGUGGGCUUCACGGCUGUUUGUUCGAUCUGUACGCCAAUGCAAGUGAUCACGAUGCUCAAUGAGCUGUACACCAGGUUUGACCACCACUGUGGAGAGCUUGAUGUUUAUAAGGUGGAGACCAUCGGUGAUGCGUAUUGUGUAGCUGGUGGCUUACACAAGGAGAGCGAUACUCACGCUGUCCAAAUUGCACUCAUGGCUUUAAAGAUGAUGGAGCUUUCAGACGAAGUUAUGACACCGACAGGAGACCCAAUACAGAUGCGUAUCGGCCUUCACAGUGGAUCAGUGCUGGCUGGUGUAGUUGGGGUGAGGAUGCCACGCUACUGCCUUUUCGGGAACAAUGUGACAUUGGCUAACAAGUUUGAAUCAUGCAGCCAACCUGGAAAAAUCAACAUCAGCCCGACAACCCACAGAUUGCUGAAGGGUCGCCCAGAGUUUGUCUUUGUUCCCAGGAGCAGGCAGGAGCUUCCGGCCAACUUCCCAGAAGAUAUCCCUGGUGUUUGUUACUUUUUGGAAGCGUCUUACAAAACUUCAAGACUGACUAUUAAAUGAAGUUCGACUGACGCAGAACCCUCCAAGAAAACAACAAACCAAAAAAAAACGUUAGCUAUGAAGAGAUGUAAAUGUGUCUAGUGAAUAUAGUGCAACUACCUUGUAUAUUUUGAUUUGGGUUGUUUUGAUUUUGAUGAUAUUGUCCGCCAGUCAAGCUCUUGCAGCUGCUUAAUUACAGAGAUGUCAGCUUGCUGUCAAACACGAGUGUUGUCUCCGUGCAAUUAUCCAUUGUAUGGUUGCAGUAGAGAGGAACUCAUUUCAUCUUUCUCCCAGAAUAAGUCAUCUCUGCACACUGAGCAGCUUUCAUUCGGAGCUCCCACCAGAGACAUAGAUGUACUGUCAGUAAAAGACUUUUGGACUGUUUUGUUCUUUUUGACAUUUAAGAGGUGCAAAGUAUUAAUAAAACAUGUGGUAAAUGUGGCUAAAAAGCAAACAAAACAAGCGAAUAUAUACAUUGAGGUUCCAAAGUUUAGGAUCACUUAGAAAUGUCCUUAUUUUUGAAAGAAAAGCAGUUUUUUCAAUUAAAGUAACAUUAAAUUCAUCAAAAAUACAGGACAGAUAGAUAGAUAGAUAGAUAGAUAGAUAGAUAGAUAGAUAGAUAGAUAGAUAGAUAGAUAGAUAGAUAGAUAGAUAGAUAGAUAGAUAGAUAGAUAGAUAGAUAGAUAGAUAGAUAGAUAGAUAGAUAGAUAGAUAGAUAGAUAGAUAGAUAGAUAGAUACUGUAUUAAUCCCGAGGGAAAUUCAAAGACAAUCUAGACAUUGUCAAUGUGGUAAAUGACUUUUCUAGCUUGAAACAGCUGAGUUUUAGUGGAAUACCUACAUAGGGAUACAGAGGAACAUUUCCAGCAGCCAUCACUCCUGUGUUCUAAUGCUACAUUGUGUUAGCUAAUUGUGUUGAAAGGCUAAUUGAUGAUUAGAAAUCCCUUGUGCAAUUAUGUUAGCACACGAAUAAAAGAGUGAGUUUUCAUGGAAAACAUGAAAUUGUCUGGGUGACCCCAAACUUUUGAACCGUAGCGUUAUCUUGCAAAGUGUAGAUACUGUAUGUUACAGAAAUAUAUUUUGGAUGUGAAGUUGCUAAACGUAUUUAUGGCCCGUAAAUAUCUGAUUUGUCCAUUCAUAACUUGCCAGACUAUGUACCUGAUAAGCACUGAUGGUACGUCAGUUGAAAUGGAAUUGGCUUUUUGUAUUUUAGGGAAGAAUUUCAUGACAAAUGAUGACAUCAAAAUUUAUUUUAACAUUUAGGAUUCAACCUCUAAUCAAAUGAAGCAAUGCGGAGCAGAUUCAGGUGCCUUAUGGGAACUAUACGGACAGGGUCACAGAUGUAAGCUUUAAAGCAAAAUUGAAAUAUUUCUCGUUAUUUUUUAUCAGUUUUAUUCAUUUUCUUUUUCAUUGAAUAUAGCCAAUAUGACAACACGUGUCAACACUUUGUCCCACAGGCAGACAGACAACCAGAAGCAUUGUUGUUGAAGUGUGUGGUGUGUUGACAUAAAGCAUUCCUAGAUCCCACUUUCCUACUGUAUAUGAAAAAGACCAAUGUACGCAUAUUUUUACUUUUUUCACUGUACACACUGACACUAUAUUUAUUACAUGAACUUUGUAGCACUCUUUUCCUGCACAAAGGGAAUAUGACACAGCAAGAACACCAUGAAUGUUUUGCUAUCACUCAUAAUGAUGUGCUUUAAUCGUUAUUGUAAUGUAAUCAAAGUGCAAUAAAUAUUGGCAUUAACAGAC